AUAUGGUUAUAUUUUAGCUUAUAUAUAAUUACAGGUUCUAGAAAUAAUGGUAGAUGAAGAUCUAUCAGAAAGAAUGGAUAAGGGACCGGAGAGGAAUAUGGGGGGAUUAGAGGAGAGUGGUGGUAUGAGUAAUUUGAGCGAGGAAUUUAUAUCGGAAACAGAGGAUAAUAUGAAUGACAAAGAUUAUAAUUUGUCAGAUAAUGAGAGUGAGAGGGAGGAAAUGGAAGAGAUUCCUCGAUCGAAGAGGAAGAAUCAGGAAAAGGCGAAAAAGCGGCUGGAAACGCAGAAUUUUUCGAUAUAUGGGUUGAGAAGGUCAGAGAGAACACGAAAUGAACAAGUUCGUAAUAUGAAUAUGGAAUCAUCGGAUGAGCGUAUUUCAGAUGAAUAUGGAAUGGUAUCUAAGAAAAGAAGGAAGAAAAACCAUACGAGGACGCAAUCAAUACAAUCGUCAGUUGAAUCGUAUGAGAGUGAUUUUAGUGACAAAUCAAGAAAAAAGAAUCGAGUGUUUUUAAAGGAUGAAUUGAGAUUUUCUAAUAGGAAUUCGAAAACAUGUAAUUAUAAUGAGAAUUCUAUGGAUGAUGAGCUUGAUUUUACGAAUGAUGAUGAUAAUAAUUAUUUUUAUGAGAAAAAGUCAUCAAAAUCAUUAGAAACUCAAGAUAGUAUUGACGCAGUAUUGGAUCAUCGUCAAAUUAAUAAAGAUAAUUCUAAUGAAUUUAAUAAUUGGCAUGCUUCGGAAUAUCUUGUUAAAUGGAAGAAUCAUUCCCAUCUUCAUGAUUCAUGGGAAACAUAUGAUAAUUUGAAAAAAUUUCGAGGAUGGAAAAAAGUAGAUAAUUAUAUAAAACAGUAUAUUGAUUUAGAUAAGCAAAUAAGAGAAAACCCUACAACGAGUUCUGAAUAUAUUGAAGCCAUGGAUAUUGAGAGUGAAAGGCGUAGAAAUCUUUUAGUUGAAUAUCAAACUGUUGAUAGAAUUGUUUCUUCAAGAAUUGUUAAAAGUUGCAAAUUUGAUGAACAUCCUCAUACUGAAUAUUUUUGUAAAUGGAAACAGCUUUAUUAUGACUCGUGUACAUGGGAAUGCGCUUCUUUUAUUUUUAAUGCGCAAGAACAAAUUGAUAAAUAUUUGAAUCGAUCUCUAAGUCAUAUUCUUCCUCAUGAAAGCGUUUCAUAUGGUUCUUCUCGACCAAAGUUUAAAAAGCUUGAUGUUCAACCCGAAUAUAUCAAGAAUGGUGAAUUAAGGGAUUUCCAAUUAACAGGUGUGAAUUGGAUGGCAUAUUUAUGGUCAAAAAAUGAGAAUGGGAUUUUGGCUGAUGAGAUGGGACUGGGUAAAACGGCUCAGACCGUCUCUUUUUUGUCAUAUCUUGUGCAUUCUUUGCAUAUUCAUGGUCCAUUUUUAAUAGUAGUACCAUUAUCAACUAUUCCUGCAUGGCAAGAAAACUUAGAAACAUGGGCAACUGAUUUAAAUAGUAUUAUAUAUAUAGGAAAUUCAGAAGCUAGAAGAACUAUUCAGGAAUAUGAAUUUUAUAUUGAUAAAAAUCCCAAAAAAAUAAAAUUUAAUAUUCUAAUUACAACUUAUGAAUAUAUUCUCAAGGACAAAUCUGAAUUAAAUCAAAUCAAAUGGCAAUACAUGGCUGUAGAUGAAGCACAUAGACUUAAAAAUAGUGAAUCGCAACUUUAUGAAUCUCUAAGGGACUUUAGGACUGUAAAUCGUCUUUUAAUUACCGGAACACCUCUGCAAAAUAAUAUUAAGGAAUUAGCAGCGUUGAUAGAUUUUUUGAUGCCCAAGAAAUUUGAAAUUGAUAGGGAAUUAAAUUUUGAAGCACCUAAUGCUGAACAAGAAGCUUACAUUAGGGAUCUUCAUAAAAGAUUACAGCCUUAUAUUCUACGUAGAUUGAAAAAAGAUGUAGAGAAAUCUCUUCCAUCUAAAUCUGAAAGAAUUUUAAGGGUUGAACUAUCUGAACUACAGACAUAUUGGUAUAAAAAUAUUUUAACACGUAAUUAUAGGGCAUUAAGUAUGUCUACGGGAAAUAGUCAAUUGAAUUUAUUAAAUAUUGUUAUUGAGUUAAAAAAAGCUAGCAAUCAUCCAUAUCUUUUUCCUAAUGCUGAAGAAAAUUGGUUAAACAGUAUUGGAUCAAAAAGAAAUCGUGAGGAUAUUUUAAGAGGAAUAAUAAUAAAUAGUGGAAAAAUGAUUUUACUUGAUAAACUUCUUACUAGACUAAAAAGGGAUGGCCAUAGAGUUUUGAUAUUUAGUCAAAUGGUUCGUAUGUUAGAUAUUAUAGGUGAUUAUUUAGUUUUUCGCGGUCUUUCUUUUCAGCGCUUAGAUGGAACUGUGUCUGCAUCUAUUAGAAAAGCGUCUAUUGAUCAUUUUAAUGCUAGCGGUAGUCCUGAUUUUGUAUUUUUAUUGAGUACUAGAGCAGGAGGUCUUGGAAUAAAUCUUAUGACUGCAGAUACAGUGAUUAUUUUUGAUUCAGAUUGGAAUCCUCAGGCGGAUUUACAAGCAAUGGCUAGGGCACAUAGAAUUGGGCAAAAGUCGCAUGUUAUGGUUUAUAGAUUUGUCUCUAAAGAUACGGUAGAAGAAGAUAUAUUAGAACGAGCUAGAAGAAAAAUGAUUUUGGAAUAUGCAAUUAUUUCUUUAGGCGUUACAGAUAAAUCAAACUCAGGGAAAGCAGAUAAAUUCACAGCGCAAGAAUUGAGUGCUAUUCUCAAGUUUGGUGCAUUAAAUAUGUUUAAAGAUAAUGAUAAUCAGAAACGUUUAGAAGAUAUGAACUUAGAUGAUGUCUUAGAACAUGCUGAAAAUCAUGAUAUUGGACAGGAUGUUGGAGGAGCAAGCAUGGGAGGAGAAGAAUUUUUAAAACAAUUUGAAGUUACCGAUUACAAGACCGAUAUUACAUGGGAGGAUAUAAUUCCUGAAGAAGAGCGUAAUAGAAUUGAAGCCGAAGAAAAGUUGAAACAAGAUGAAGAGUUUUUGCAGGAACAAAUAUCUAUGAAUACUAAAAGAACUGUCAAGCAUCCUGAAAUUCUAUCAAUUAAGGAUAAUAAUUCGAAUAAGAAAUUAAAGAAAGUUGACCCGAAAUUAAGACAAUUAAAUGAAAAAGAAAUUCGCAAUCUUUAUAGGGCUAUUUUAAAAUUUGGGUCACCAUUGGAUCGUUGGGAAGAAGUUAUUAGAGAAGCAGAUUUGCCCAGUCAAAUGCCUCCUGAAAAAAUACGCUUAAUUGUUCAAGAACUUUUUAAAGUUUGUAAGCAGGCGAUAAUUAAUCAAGAAGCAGAAAAUAGAGAUGUUGAGAAUUCUACAUCGAAUCAAAACUCGAAACCAAAAAAAGCUCUUCUUAUAGAGUAUAAGGGAGUAAAAAAUAUUAAUGCAGAAACAGUCAUACAAAGAGCAAAAGAUUUGCGUUUUGUUCAUCAAUUAGUUAAAGACGUUGAUUCAAAAGUCUUUCGUAUACCUGGGCAAGUAAAAGCAGUUCAUGGAUGGUCAUGUCAAUGGGGAGAACGAGAAGAUGCUAUGCUAUUAAUUGGAAUCGAUAGGUAUGGAUUCGGUUCCUGGUCUUCUAUAAAAGAUGAUCCCGAUUUGAACAUGCAAGAUAAAAUAUUUUUAGACGAUGAUAGAACAGAAAAAGAUGAUCAUAAAGAAACCAAAGAAUUAAAGGAUUCUAAAUUGAUUCCUGGUCCUACUCAUCUUGUAAGACGUGGUGAAUAUUUAUUGAAUCUUGCACGAGAGAUUCUUGAAGUAAAAACGACAAGUUCCUCAAACAAUAUAUUAGUAAUAGAUAGAAAGGCAAAAAACAAUCAUAAUAUCCAUUCAUCAGGAUCAUCGCAACAGUCGAAAUCUAGAAAUACAAAUCAUGAUCUUCAUUCAUUUAAACAAUCUUCAAAAAUAAAGAAUGAUAAAAGGACAAAAACUCAAGAUAAUGUGAAUACAGAGAAAAACUACGAUUUUGAUGAUGAAAGCGAACAUUCUAGUAUGGACGAAGACGAUUGUAAGAGAAUAUUACAUCCUGUUCGAAAACAAUUGAAGACCUUAAAAAAGGAUAAGGAUACAGAUAGAACAAAACUCGCAAUGAUUUUAAAAGAAUGUUUAACAACAGUUGGUGAUUUUAUUGAAACAACUGUAGCAUCACGAUCCGAGUCUGAUAAAGAUCGCUUAAAAAAACAUUUAUGGGUAUUUACAAGCUACUUUUGGCCAAAAAAAAUUCCUUAUAUUCAUUUAUUAAAUAUGUAUAAUAAACUUAUAGCAGGAAGGAAGGAUUUUAACACUUAAUUUUAAAAAUAUUUGGCCUUUUUUAGGCAUAUUGAUUUUUAAUUU